AUGUCUCUUACAAUAGCCCAGAUCCGCCAACAUCUCAGCCACUUGGCUAACGCACAAACAUCUCAUAAAGAUCAAGUCGACAAAUAUAGAAGCUUAUUAAACAAUGUCUUAUCAAAUACUGGUGACAAUAUCAUUGAGGCAUUAAAAGUAUUUGUUGAAGCUAUUGUUAAUGAAAAUGUCAGUUUGGUAAUAUCUCGUCAAAUAUUAUCUGAUGUCAGUACACAACUCUUACCUGAUUUGCCCGAUGGACAGUCUAAAUUAUUGGCUCAUUUCACUCUGGAAAAAAUUCAACCAAGAGUAAUUUCUUUCGAAGAGCAGGUUGCUAAUGUUCGUCAACAUCUAGCAUCUAUCUAUGAAAGAGAAAUCAAUUGGAAGGAAGCAGCAUCAGUACUUGUUGGUAUACCGCUCGAAACAGGACAAAAAAAAUAUACUGUUGAUUACAAAUUGGAAACUUACAUGAAAAUUGCACGUCUGUACUUGGAAGACGAUGAUCCAAUGCUAGCAGAGUCUUACAUCAACAGGGCUUCAUUAUUACAAACUGAAUCUAAAAAUGAGAAACUACAAAUAUGUUACAAAGUAUGUUACGCAAGAGUAUUGGACUACCGUCGUAAGUUCAUUGAAGCUGCUCAAAGGUACAAUGAAUUGUCAUAUAGGUCAAUUAUAUCAGAAGAAGAGCGUAUGGCUGCUUUAAAAAAUGCUCUCAUCUGCACUGUAUUAGCAUCUGCUGGCCAACAACGUAGCCGAAUGCUGGCAACAUUAUUUAAAGAUGAAAGAUGUCAAAGCCUACCAGAAUUCUCAAUCCUUGAAAAAAUGUAUUUAGAUCGCAUAAUUCGACCCAAUGAAAUUGCUCAAUUAGAUGCAAUGUUACAACCACAUCAGAAGGCAACAACAGUAGAUGGUUCAACUAUUUUGAAUCGAGCUAUCAUUGAACACAACCUAUUAUCGGCAAGUAAACUUUAUAAAAAUAUGAAAAUUGUGGAACUUGGCCGUUUGUUGGGCAUUGAACCAAUUAAAGCAGAAAAAAUUGCAGGACAAAUGAUAUCAGAAGGAAGGAUGGAAGGCUCAAUUGAUCAAGUAGACUCCUAUGUCCACUUUAAGUCUCAAAAAUUAUUGCCAACUUGGGAUAAGAAAAUUGAGGCUCUGUGCUAUCAUGUCAAUCAUAUAAUUGAACUCAUGUCUGCAGAUCCAAAAGUACGUGAAUGGAUGAAUAAACAUUUAGAUGAUCAAAUGACAUUAUAA